AUGGCCAAGGAUAAGGACUUCGGCCACGACAUUGGUUCAUCAGUGUUCGGCCGACAGUGCAGGUUGCAAGGGAUGCCAGCGCCCAUUGUCACAUCGCCGCUUCCGGAAGUUCCUUUCCCUGAUGAUGGCCGUAGUUUUCUGGCCUCUUUGUCCUUUGCUGAUCUCAGUGUGCUGCGAACCACCUCCAAUAAUUCAAGACAAGCCGUGUUCCAAGAGAUCUGGCGGCGGUGCCAGGACUACACUUACCUCCCGGGUCAUUUCGAUGCCCGAUGUCCGAGGAGGACGCGCUCCGGGCGCAUUCUGGGUGCACCAGACGCCGUCAAGGGCGUGGCGGAUCGGCUCGUGCGGUUUCUUCUGCUUCAUGCGAAGAUUUUCCAGGUGGUGGAUCUCAGGAAUGCACCCAUCAUGGCAUGUGAGUCUGACAACUUAGGCCCGGCAUUGAGGAGCAUGCCUCGCUUGCAGCACAUCGUCCUCCCGUUCGAAGGGUGGAGCUCGCCAGCUCUCCGAAGGAACUUCCAGGAUCUUCCGGUGGCUUGGUACAGCUGUGUGACGAAGCAGUUGGUACUCCUGUCGAGGAGGAAGUACAAGAAGCUGGUGGAGAAGCAUGUUGCCAACGCAGCCCUUUUGCCAGAAAUCGCGGUGGACACGCGGAAGCCGGGCCUCUCCUCCUUGGUGGACGAUGCCUCGGCCAUCAACAGGCAACUCGGUGGUUUGCUCCAGUUCGCAGCCGAUGCCCUGAUGCUGCACAAUCCCAAGGUCGAGCUCAAGCAGGUGCCGCUGUACCUGGGUGCCACGGCAGGGCUCCGCGAGCUGAAGACUGAAGACAGGGACGAGGUGAUGAAGGUCGCCCGAGAAUACCUGCGGAAGCAGGACAUCUUUGCCGUGACUCGCGAUGAGCAGGUGCGCGUCCUGUCAGGGGAGGAGGAAGGGGCCUUCGGCUGGCUGGCACUGAACCAAAUGCAGGCGGAGAUCAGCCCGGAUCCGGACACCACCUUGGGGUCUCUGGAUUUUGGCGGCGCCUCUGUGCAGAUCGCCUUCGUACCUCAAGAAACCUCCAUCCUCGCAAACCUCUUCCCGAUGCACUUCGGCGGCAGCGUGCGUGGGCCGAUCCACCUCUACUCUCAGAGCUUCAACGGCUUCGGCGCCGUCAUCGCGUUCCAGCGUGCCACGAGCGUACUCUUGUCUCUUGGAAAGAAGAAGCAUCGACCUGGGGCGGAGCAGGAGGUUCGACAUCCUUGCAUGCCGGACGGGCUUACCUGGAAUGUCGACUACGCCGAGUUCGGCGUGAGCACCAACAGCACCCACCCGGAGCGCGAAGCCGGGCCGCUGAAGUUGAUUGGCACCGGCGACUCGUCAGGUUGCCUCAAUCUGAUCCGCCCGCUUUUCAACAAGGAGGCACCCUGCCUACUGCCGCCAUGCUCCAUGAUGGGCGUCUACCAGCCAGUUCUGAACGGGACCAGAUUUGUUCUCUUGGACAAGUUCGGGCGCUUUGAGCGGUGGGAGGUCCUUCCGCUGAUCCGGCAGGGGCUACCGCUCCUGAAAGCGCUAGAGAUCCAGUUGCCCCGUCUCUGCUCCAUGCCGCUCGAGAAACAGGUCGAGCUCUUCGAUGACGAGACCAUGAGGCACGGGCCGACUUGCUGGACCGCCUCAUGGCUCCUGGCCACGUUGCGAGAUGGUCUGGGCUUCUCCGCGCACGGCUAUCCGCGCGUGGACGUGGUGCCUCGCUGCUGUGAUCACACGCUUGGGCAUGCGACCUACGAGGUGAAUUUCUUCCCGUACAAGGUCAGUCGAUCCAGCUACAUGCACGCGGCCUCCAAGCAGCUCCACUUAGACGAGCUCAGCGAGCAGAAGGAGCUGAGAUCACCCAGGGCCGAAUCUGCGCUGGCCUUCUUGCUUGGGGCUCUCGCAGCCUCGGCUGUGGCAGCUGUUUUGGCCUUUGGGGCCGGGCGCAGGCGCGCGCGGGAGGCUUCGGAGCCUUUGUUGAAGGCUUUGCCGUGA